GUUACACAUCAAGGUCAUCUCAUUAACUACAGUUUGCAAUGGCGUACAUAAUGAAAUUGCUUUGCGUUCUGCUUCUGUGCGGAUGCACACGUGCUUGUUUGGGCGGAUGGAAAAAAGACGGGGAUUAUUGUUUCAUGUUUAGUCAUAACCAGGUCACGUGGAGUGAGGCUGAGAGUAUUUGCCAGCUUUUCGACAGUAAAUUAGCAGAGCCACAAACAGCUGAAAUGGAUACAUUUAUUGGUAGCCAGGCUGUUAAGAACCAACGAAAGUACUGGUUGGGCGGAAGUGACAUCAUGCAGGAAGGCUAUUGGAAAUGGAUGUCUACAUUGGAACCCAUGGUGUAUACCCACUGGCAUGCUCCAGAUCCUAACAACGGUAACCAAGGAGAGGAUUGUCUGCUUAAUAACUGGUACGGUGCAGGGAGGUGGGCGGACGGGGAAUGUGAAUGGAAAGAAUUCUACAUCUGUCAAAGAAUAGAUGAUUCGGUAUCUACUGGAGUGAUUGGAUAAAAGGAGAAAACUCAAAACUUAUAAAAUUGCCGUAACUCGAAAGAAUACAUUCCGAAUAGCUGUUUAUUUCUGUCUUUACUUUCUGUUUUAUCGUUUGUAUGACGUUGUGUUAGACAGACUGCGGACGUUUUCGGAUGUUUAUUAUCAGGCAAUAAAGAAUAAGUAAAACGAAA